CAAACUUCCUCCCAUCAAUUCGUCGAAGUCAAACCCAGGCACGAAGUCGUGAGGAAGCCAUCGUGAAAUGGACGGCGCGGCGGAGGCUAGCGCGUCGGCUGCCACGGCGGCGUCCUCGGCUCUCCUCCUGCCCCGCGCUCCCCCGCGCACCGCGGUGGGGGCGGAGGUGCGGCGGCAGGUGGGGCUCGCGGCGCCGCUGGUGGUCUGCAGCCUGCUGCAGUACAGCCUGCAGGUGGUCUCCGUCAUGUUCGCCGGGCACCUCGGGGAGCUCUCGCUCUCCGGCGCCUCCGUCGCAGCCUCCUUCGCCAACGUCACCGGCUUCAGCGUCCUGCUGGGUAUGGGAAGCGCACUGGAUACCUUUUGUGGACAAUCAUAUGGAGCAAGACAAUAUAAUAUGCUUGGGACACACACACAAAGAGCUAUAAUUGUUCUUAUGCUUAUGGGUGUGCCUCUGGCCUUUAUUUUGGCCUUCACUGCUCAAAUCCUUAUUUCUCUUGGUCAAAAUCCUGAAAUAUCAUCUGAAGCUGGACUGUAUGCUCAGUGGUUGAUUCCUGGUCUUUUCGCAUAUGGUUUGCUUCAGUGCCUCACCAGAUUCCUGCAGACCCAGAAUAUUGUCCAAAUAUUGGUAGUUUGCUCUGGACUUACUUUGCUACUCCACAUUAUGCUAUGCUGGUUCCUGGUUCAGACUUUUGGCCUUGGUCACGAAGGUGCAGCUUUGGCGACCUCAAUAUCUUAUUGGUUCAAUGUGGCAUUGCUAGCAAUAUAUGUUAAAGUCUCUGAAGCUGGCAGAAGGAGUUGGAAAGGAUGGUCCAGGGAGGCACUAAGGUUAAAGGAUGUCAAAGAAUAUAUGAGGCUAGCCAUUCCAUCUACUUUUAUGACCUGCUUGGAGUAUUGGGCAUUUGAGAUGGUGGUUCUCCUAGCAGGAUUUCUUCCACAUCCAAAACUGGAAACUUCAAUUUUGUCCAUCAGUCUAAACACAAUGUGGAUGGUUUAUACAAUUCCAAGUGGCCUCAGCAGUGCAACAAGCAUUAGAGUGUCCAAUGAAUUAGGUGGUGGGAAUCCACAGGCAGCACGCCUAUCCAUUUAUAUUUCAGGAAUCAUGUGCCUAACUGAAGGCCUUUUUAUAGCUAUCAUCACAGUAUUGGUGCGAGAUAUCUGGGGUUAUUUAUACAGCAACGAAAAAGAGGUUGUGAAGUAUGUGUCGAUGAUGAUGCCAAUUCUUGCUACUUCUGACUUCAUGGAUGGAAUACAAUGCACGCUAUCAGGAGCGGCUCGAGGAUGUGGCUGGCAGAAAGUAUGUUCACUUAUCAAUUUUUUUUCUUACUAUGCUAUCGGUCUCCCUUCAGCUGUUACUUUUGCAUUUGUUCUGAAGAUUGGUGGCAUGGGCCUUUGGUUGGGAAUUAUAUGUGCAAUGGCAGUGCAAAUAUUUGCUUUGAUCGUGCUGAUGCUUCGAACCAGCUGGGAGGAAGAGGCUGAAAAGGCCCAGGCUAGAGUUCAGUGUUCAGAUGGAAGCAUAACAUCGGCCUGAAUAUCAUCAGUUGUGAUUUUCCCUCCCUUAAGUUAGCUAUUUUCUUUUAUAUAGUAUAUACUUCUUCAGCAUUUGAGACUUAUACUGGAUAAAAGACAUGGCCCACCUAGCAAUGUGACUAGAUCAUGUUACAUAUCUGUAUAUUACAAAUUUAGAUCUACAGUUUGUAAGAAAAUACAGUACAAAGUGUCUUUGCAAACACAUUUUGUCAACUAUUGCUCCAGUUGGAGCAGAUGAAACUAAAAGCAUGUAAA